AAACACACAAAACAAAAUAGUCUCUCUUCUCUCAAACGACUACAAAAAAAUGACGUCAUCCAACAGUUCUUCAUCACCAACAUCAUCGUCUUCGGACCAAUCUGAUGUAACUACAACAACAAGCACCCACUUGUCCGAAACUUCACCGAGAAACAACAAAAGAAAGAGAAGCAACGAUUCUUCUUCAUCUUCUUCAAAGCUUAAGCAUCCUGUUUACAGAGGUGUACGGAUGAGAAGCUGGGGCAAAUGGGUCUCCGAGAUCCGACAGCCUCGUAAAAAGACUAGAAUCUGGCUCGGUACAUUCGCCACCGCAGACAUGGCGGCGCGUGCUCACGACGUCGCUGCUCUCGCCAUCAAAGGCUCCUCCGCCGUCAUCAACUUCCCGGAGCUUGCCUCUGUCCUCCCUCGUCCGGCGUCAUCUUCGCCGCAUGAUAUCCAAGCAGCAGCUGCGGAAGCCGCCGCCAUGGUGGUCAACGGAAAAUUGUCAGAGUCUGCUAAAACAGAGAUGAAGGAAGCACCACCGUCGCCGGAAUCUUCUUACGUGGCGGCGGAGUCUAAGGAGGAGGAGAGGUUGGAGGAGAUUGUGGAGUUGCCUAACAUUGAAGAGGGGAGUUAUGACAUGAGCGUGAAGUCACACUCUGACCUGGAUUAUUCUGAGCCGUUGGAUUGUUGGGUGUAUCCUCCUCCGGUUAUGGAUCUCUAUGAAGAGUUCUUGGAGUUCGAUUUCUUGGAGUUAUGGAGCUUUCCUCACACGGAACUGAUUAAUCCUUAAUUAGGUUUAAUUAGUAAGUUGCAUUCAUGUAUUGAUAAAUACAUUUGUGUUGUUUUUAUUUGUAGGGAUACGUACGUAGUAUAGGAACUGUAGUGGUAGUAUAUGUUGUAACAUACGGUACCAAGGCUAGACUAAACAACUAUUGUAAAAUGAAAUUAUAUUUAUAUUUGUACUUAUCAUACAAUUAUUGUAACUUGGUAAAUGAAAGCUAUCGU